AUGUCCAACAGCUCAGACAGUUUGGACCUUCUCCUGGAGGGGCUGACCGUGGACCCUGGCUCCACCCUCCCCGUCUUCUUGCUCCUCCUCUUUUCUUACCUUUUCGUCCUCUUCUCAAACUUGUCCAUGUGCAUCCUCAUCAUCAGAAACCGCUCUCUGCAUCAGCCCAUGUACCUGCUCUACCUCAACCUGUCCACCAACGACCUCCUGGGCAAUACCACAGUGAUGCCUCGCCUCCUGUACGAUUUGCUCCAACCUUUGGCGCUGCGUCACAUUCACCUGUUCACUUGCGUGAUUCAAGCCUUCCUCAGUCACCUGUUCAACACCACCGGCCACACCAUCCUCAUGAUCAUGGCAUUUGACCGCUACAUGGCUAUCUGCUCACCGCUGCGUUACUCCACCCUCAUGAGCACCCGGACGCUGGUUGGGCUGAUCGUGUGGGCGUGGGGCGUGGCGUUUGUCUUCGUGGCGGUUCUACUGGGGCUCACGCUGAGACUGUCGCGGUGUCGGUCUCUAGUCUCUGGACUCUACUGUAGUAACGCUUCACUGUUCAAGCUCUCCUGUGAAAGCACCUACAUAAACAACGUCUAUGGCUUGUUCUUCACUGUGGUUUUGUUCUCCGGCUCCAUGGGCUCCAUCAUUCUCACCUACACAAAGAUCACGGUGGUGUGUUUGACCAGUAAGAGCAUGUCUUUGAACCGUAAAGCGCUCCAGACCUGCUCCACACACCUGCUGUCGUACCUGGUGUUCAUUUGCAGUGGGAUGUUGAUAAUCGCGUUCCAUAGAUUCCCAAACCUGGUACAGGAGAGGAAGUUCAUCACAGUGAUGUAUCACCUCCUCCCCAGCGGCCUCAACCCGCUCAUCUAUGGACUCCAGUCCAAAGAUGUGCGCCACAGCUUCAGACGGAUGUUCUCCAUCUUUGCCUCUGUCACUGGGGUACACUCACACUAG